GAAGCGCUGGAGGAGCCGAAGACGGAGCUGGGCUGGGCCGGGCUGGGCUGUCUGUCUGUCCAGGCGAAGGCGGAGGGCAAGGCGAGGAGAGAAGAGAAGAGAAGUGAGGAUGGGGUGGUCGGGCACGGGCAGAGGGCAGAGGGGCAGAGGGGCAGGCAGGCAGGCAGCAGGUGUAGGAAGGGAAUCGCGAGAAGUUUGAUUUUCUGUUGAUCGUUCUUCCGGUGCGCCACUUUGCGCUGCCGCUGCUUCUGCUGCUGCUGCUGCUGCUGCUCUCGUCGCUCGUACGUAGAGGCUAGCGGCUAGAGGCGCGUCUUGCUUGCUCGGCUGCCUUUUCUCUUUUUUCUCGCGCGGUGGUGUCGCUGCUGCUGGUGAUGCUGGUGGGAGAGGGGGGGGGGCCUUUUUCCUGCGUUCAACAUCAUCCAAUCCUCGCGCAUCUGAGUUGAAUGAGGGACGGACGACUUGGACUUGGGGGCGACUCCGACUCCAGAGGAUUCUGUAUUAAGCUGUGCGCAGCGCCUGAGCGCGUUCUUGUUUCUGCCGCUGCCUACUGCCGCUUGCUCCCUUUGUCCCGUGGAGUUGGUCCAUCCCCUCUCGCGUAUCAUACCUCCAGCGUUUCCUCUGCGCACUGCGUUUAGUCUCGCUCGCUCGCCCACGUACCUACUUAAGCGCACGAGUGCUUUUACCUUCCAAUUUCUGUCCACGGUUCCCCUCUUUCCCUCAUCAAUGCUGACGAGCGAGAGUUCUAGCCAGAGAAUAGAUUUAUACAGAGGUCAAUGAGAUUUCCUCUUCCGAGGAAGAGAGAGAGAGAGAGAGAGAGAGAGAGAGAGAGAGAGAGCUGAGUGUGUUGUGAGUGCGUGAGAGUGCCUUAGAUGUGUAUCUGGAGGGACGGGGAUGAUCCCACUUUCUCUGUUGACAGUCAAUUGCAGCUGAUCUGAGGAUUAUUAGACCAGGUUCACAGGCGGUUGGAUUUACAGUAAUCUAUUUGUACUUCAAUCAAUCCUUCCCAUUUCCAUUCGUCUCUCUCUCUCCAUCUCUCUUGCGCCUUGUCGCGCAGGGCCGCCUUUAUACUUCCACAAUUUCUCGUUUCUUUCACUACGGCUUCACGAAGGUUACAUCUCAGAUUCUGGGUCUCGAUACCACCUUAAAGCUGUACGCAGGCUUGUGUUUCUGCUUGACGGCACUCGUCAUUCUCUGGGUGACAACUAUGUACUACCGGAGUUCAAAUUCAGCAUUACCGAAGACAGGUUCUGUUCUAUCAUGAUCUAGUGAGUCAAAAGACGACCACCCUCCUCCAUCAUCGUUUCAGGGUGGUUCGCCUCGUUCUAGUUCUGGAAAAAGGGACGCUUUCUUAGUAAAAGCCGUGCCGGGACCCGGAGGGCUAGGAGACGACCGCUUUAGAGUGAAGAAAGAGAUGACUGAAGUCCUGCCUCCUCGAGCGCACUACCAGUCGGAUACGAACACCGACUCGGACGAAUACAGCUGCGGCGGACAGUACACUUCUGACGAAACGGAUUCUGACUUCACUUCGGGGAAUCCCUCGUCGCCUCUGAUACACUCGCUUCUGGCUGAUGGAAGUGCGCGCCAUCAAAGAAUGUGCGCGAGCACAGCUCUUACCACUGUCGACUACGAGGACGACGUCAUGACCGAAGACAGAGGAGAUGGAGAAACCAGGAUUACCCAACGAGCAGGAGGUCAUGGGGAACUCGUUCGCCGGCGAGAGACCGACCACGAGAGAGCCCAACGGCAGUUGUCGAUGCUGGCGCUAAUGCUCGCAGCUUUUCGUCGAUCCCUUCUCACCUGCCGGACCGUCGAAGAGGAGUGCACCAUGGACAUCGGGUGGCCGACGAACGUGCAGCACGUAGCGCAUGUGACCUUCGAUCGGUAUAACGGGUUCCUCGGAUUGCCUGUCGAGUUUGAAGUGGAUGUGCCUCGAAGAGUUCCUAGUGCCAGCGUGAGUGUCUUUGGUGUCUCCGCGGAAUCCAUGCAAUGUUCUUUCGACCCCAAAGGGAAUAGCGUUCCGACUAUCCUUCUGCUGAUGCAAAAGAGGCUCUACAGUCAAGGGGGCUUGAAGAUCGAAGGAAUUUUCAGGAUCAACGCCGAAAGCAUCCACGAGGAGCAUGCCAGGAAACAGCUUAACAAAGGCAUCGUGCCCAAUGAUAUCGACCUCCAUUGUCUUGCCGGUCUUAUCAAGGCAUGGUUUCGGGAGCUGCCACGAGGAGUCCUUGAUUCCCUGUCACCGGAGCAGGUGAUGCAAUGUCAUGCCGAGGAGCAGUGCGUAGAGCUUGUGAAGCUGCUGCCUCCCACACAGGCAGCACUUCUGGACUGGGCAGUGAAUUUGAUGGCCGAUGUCGCUCAGGAGGAGUUGAGCAACAAGAUGAACGCCCGGAACAUUGCUAUGGUUUUUGCCCCGAACAUGACGCAGAUGGCGGAUCCUCUGACGGCGCUGAUGCACGCAGUCCAAGUGAUGAACUUUCUUAAAACUUUGAUUCUGAGGACUUUGAGGGAUCGAGAGGAGGCAGUCUUGGAGCCCAAGCCUGCACCUUCGUGUCCCGGAGCCCCAGAUGAGGACGGGCACAACAACGACUACGGCGGCGCUCUUUUGAAUGGAUACCACGACAGAGCGCCGGUGGCAGAAGCCCCACGAGUAGAGUACCAUCAAGAGUACUGCAAGAUCGUGAUUCCCAAGAAACGCGGCAAGGGGAAGGCCAAGGGGGGACGGCUGGUGAACACAAUCGACCAACAAAACGAAAGGGUAGAAGCCUGGUAAAUAAGGAUCCGACGAGGCCUGGAAUAACAAGAUGCGAGUGCUUCAAACAACCGGAUGGUUUUGCUGUUGGGGAUGGAGUGUGACUAGAUUAGCCUAACCAGUCAUAAGUCAGAAGAAGAAGACGAGAUAAAGGCCCUGACGGUGAUAAUCCCAAAGUAAGUGGAGAGAGAUAACAGCGAUUAGUGUCGUAGGUUGAGGUGUAGAUUGUAGAAAGCUGAAAUCACUAUUUUUUUUCAGAGGGGGGAAACACGGUGUGGGAGGUGCCGAACGAGGGAGGAUGUUUGUAAGCGUUUACGAAUGCAGAACUGGAGGAUUGUUAUGUGCGCCCUAGGUUAAACUGACGAAAGAGCCCUCCAGUAUCCGUUGUUACCAUAGAGAACAACAGUAGGAAGAGAGAGGAGGGUGGGUUGGGGUUCUCUGCUUCAGGAUUGGCGGGUCGAACAUACCAACACUACCCAUGUAAACCUUGUACAGUAUCCAAAGCUUCAUUGCAAUGCAGUUCAACAAUUACUCUAGGGCGCGUGACGGAGGAUUUAUUGUAAGUUUAUAGUUCCAUUUCAUUUAACUCAACAGUAUCUGCAGUAUAGAUUAGGAGAGUUCAGUUCAGAGUUCCCUUUCCCGAUAAUGUUGAAUACACUGUCUGCCAAGCAAGAAGUGAGUGAGAUCAGACCGACCUCAACGGGAAGCCGGCUACUCGCUGCAUUAUACGUCAUUUGUAGUCCUUCCACAAAUAUUGUACGAGCUAUUAUCAAGCAAACCUUUGCAGAAAAAAAUGUUAAUAGAGCGACCAGAAGGACGUAUGUCUUUCAUUUUGGGCAACAGGUGCAGGGAAAGUUUGUCAUGUCAUCGAUGUAUAACCACUUCGGUCAGUCUUUCUGCAACCGA